CAAUUUUCCAAGUUUCUAGGGUUUUUGCUUUGAGCUCUCUGCGUUUAUCGAGAAAUCUCCGGCUGAAAAUGGCGGAUUCGACGGCGGACGCGACGAAAACAAACGCAGAUACUCUGAGUCUGAGGCGGGAGUUGAAGAAGGUACUGACGGAGAAUUUAUACGACGAAGGAGGAGUCAAAGAUGGCGUUGAGACGGUGAAAUCAAUUGAUGAGGCGAUUAGAAUCCUGAAUUGUCUGAAAAGAGAAUCGAAGAAGCGGAAGCGGGAAUCUGAUAUUUCUUCGGUUGAAGUUCCGAAAGAGUUCAAGUGUACACUCUCGAAGACGGUCAUGAUCGAUCCUUUGAUCAUUUCUUCUGGGCAGACGUAUGAAAAGAGAUAUAUCACAGAGUGGCUCAACCAUAACCGUACAUGUCCCAAAACCAAAGAACUCCUCUCUCAAGUGCGUAUGACACCCAACCAUUUGAUCAAUGACUUGAUGGCGCAGCGUAAGGACUUAGAUAGGAAACCCGAAUUUUGCACAGAUCUGACUACGCCCGGAUUUUGCACGAAGAGUAUCUUGUGGGAAAACGAAAUCGGUAGCUAUAACAUCAUCUUCAUAGAUGUCAUAGAUUGGAUCACCAUAGAUCUCUCUGUAGAUCUCAUGUGGUGUCUUGUUAACAACAAAGUUGAUCGGCCAAAACAAGAACCGUCUGAUUUUGAAAUAGCAACUGAGAUGUUAACUGGUGACAUCGAACCAUUGCUUCACCGGAUUUCCUCUCCUUCCUCCUCGGUUGAAGAUCAGAUAGAAGCUGCAAAAGAGCUUUCCCUCCAAACCUCAAAAUUUGUCAAUGUCCGUGACUUCUUUGUCGCCAAAAUCCCUGAUUCCAUCACCAGGUUGCUCACUCCUCUCUCUGUUUUGGGCGAUGAGGUAGACUCGAAUCCCGAGCUUCAAGAGAAUAUCACCACAUCAUUGUUCAACAUGUCUACUUUCGAGAAGAAUAAAACACUACUUGCUGAAAACCCUCAAGUGACCCCACUGCUUGUAAAGUCUUUGAAGCAGGGGACAGUUGUGACACGAAGAAACGCUGCAGCGACUUUAAUGUCACUUUCAGAUAUUGAUUCUAACAAGAUCAUCAUUGCGAACUCAGAAGCACUCAAGGCUCUGAUAGAUCUAAUCGGGGACUCGGAUGACUUAUCAGCCACCAAUGAAGCUGCUAACGCUAUUUUAAACCUCUGUUUUGAUGAAUCGGAGAACUGUAAAAAGGCAAUCUCGUUGGGGUUGGCUUCUGCUGUAACCAAAAAUAUCAAAGCAGGAAGAAAUGUGGAUGAGUUGUUAGCUGUCUUGGUAAUGAUCUCUCCACACGAACGUGUUGUCGAGGAAAUGGAUAAUGUAGGGGUUAUCUAUGAUCUGUUAAGUAUCUUGAGGAAAACAAGUUGCUUGGUGACUUGUGAGAACGUUGUAGUGAUUGUCCACAACAUGUACGUUAAAAGCAGAGAAAGGUCCGUUAUGAAAACCCUGGCAGAAGAGGAGAAUCAACACAAGACAUUUACAAAGCUUGCAAGCCAAGAAUCAGUUAUUGUGGUGGGGAGAGCACAAGGGAUUUUACAGGGUAUUAGGGCAUUCGCUGCUGAGAAAUCUCCGGCUGAAAUGGCGGAUUCGACGGCGGACGAGGCAACAAACGCCGAUACUCUGAGGCAGGAGUUACAGCAGGUACUGAAGGAGAUUUGGUACGACGGAGGAGGCAAAGAUCGCGGUGAGAUUGAUGAGGCUAUUAGAAUCCUGACUUGUCUGAGGAAUAUAGAAUCGAAGAAACCGGAAUCUCCGGUGGAAGUUCCAAAAGAGUUUAUAUGUACACUCUCGAAGACGAUCAUGAUCGAACCUGUGAUCAUUGCUUCUGGCCAGACUUUUGAAAAGAGAUAUAUCCUAGAGUGGCUGAAGCAUGAACGUACAUGCCCCCUAACCAAACAAGUUCUUUACCACCGUUUUUGGAUACCAAACCAUUUGAUCAACGAGGUUAUUAUGCAAUGGUGUCGAAUUCACAACUUUGAACGGCCAAAACCAUCUGAUGAAGAAGUCAUUGACCUGUUCACUGGUGACAUUGAAUCAUUGCUUCAGCGUAUUUCCUCUCCUUCCUCGGUUGAAGAUCAGACAGAAGCUGCAAAAGAGCUUGCCCUCCAGACCAAGAGAUUUACCAAUGUUUGUUUAUACUUUGUCGCCAAAAUCCCUGAUUCGAUCACCAGGUUGCUCAGUCCCCUCUCUGUUUUGGGCGAUGAGGUAGACUCGAAUCCCGAGCUUCAAGAGAAUAUCAUCACAUCAUUGUUCAACAUCUCCACUGUUAAGAAGAAUCAAAAAGAAAUUGCUGAGAAUCCUCAUGUGAUCCUACUGCUUACAAAGUCUUUGAGGAAGGGGACAGAUCAAACAAAAAAAGUCUCUGCAGCGAUUGUGUUUUCCCUUUCACACACUGAAUCUAACAAGAACAUCAUCGGGAACUCGGAAGCACUCAAGGCUCUGAUAGAUCUAGUCGAAGAAGGUGAUUCAUUAGCCACCAGUAAAGCCUUUUCCGCGCUUGCUAAUCUCUGUUUAGUAAAGGAGUUCAGGGAAAAGGCGGUUUCAGCGGGUUUGAUUCGUGCGGCAACCACAAAGAUCAAAGCAGGAAGCAAUGUGGAUGUGUUGUUAUCGUUCUUGGCAUCGAUUUCUACACACAACCGGGCUAUCGAAGAAAUGGAUAAACUAGGGUUUAUAUAUGAUCUGUUCAGUAUCUUGAGGAACUCGAAUAGCUUCGUGAAUGAGGAGAAUGCUUUAACCAUCGUCGUUUACAUUUGUAAAGGAUACAGAGGCUUGCGAGAUGUGGUCCAGGAAGAGGCGACAGGGAAUGUGGUCCUAGAAGAGGAGAAUAAACACAGGACAUUUACGAAGCUUGCGAAGCAAGAAGCAGGUUGUACGGUGAGAAAAGCACAAGCGAUUUUACAGUGUAUUAAGACAUUCGCUGAUCGUAAAGAGCAACGUCAGAGGGAGAGGGAUGAUAGGCCUUUAAGAGUAUAUGUGAGAAGAAAUAAAUGAGUUGGUGCAGAAGAAGAAUGAGGUCGCGUUAAUACGUAAAUAGUUUUGCAAACUUUUACUCUUGAUAAUAGUCAUACGAUAAUAGUCGUUGAAUAUAUAGUUUUGCUGCUC